CUCCGGUCCUGAUGGGUAACACUCGCGGCCUGCGUUGGUCUGUGCCGGGUUCGCCACUGCGAAGAACACAGAACGGAUCCACGCCACGCUAGACGACCGACGAAAGACGACGACGUUGUGGAUAGCCGUAUAGGCUGUCCCUACAUCGCCGUGGAAAAUUACACGUCGAGUGCCUGUAUACCAGCAAGCUGUCCCUGGCCCGUGAUUGGCGGCCGUGGUGGCCACCAUGAGCGAGCGGCCGGUGGUCGGCAACGCGGCUCACGGAGGUCGCAAGCCAUGUUCGCGCUUCCGCUUUUACAACCUCGGCUACUUCUUCUCGCUCAGCGGACUCAUGGCACUCUGCGAAAUUAUCCUUGGGAUGGCCAUCUAUGCGCUGCUCUGGGAUUCUGCAAAUGAGCUGGACAAGUUCCUGGUGACGGUGGCCUUUCUGCAGUGGAUGACCGGUCUCUACAUACAUGCCACGAUCGCAUUCUGCGCGACGGGCGCCCGUAUACGAGGCCUUUUACUAUAUUUGCUGCACCAUGGCGUCGGAGCCAUCUUGUACCUUGGUGGCGCUGUGACCACCUUGGUCAGCUCCAUGUACACGCAGACCGAUGACAUCAUUCGAACGGCAAGUGUGAACGCGACAAGUGAAGCGGUCCCGCGUCGCUUUAACGAGCGCCGCUUACUCUUCCAGAGCCUCGCCCUGGGUGCAUCGGCGCUGCACCUAAUUCAGGCUACGCGGUACCUGCUCAAACACAGGCCCGGAUCAGAAGGUGCCGACGCAGCAGCCGACGAAGCCAUUUGUGGCUUCGUGGUCGAGACUCGCAUUGCCAAAUUCAAGUCGAGGCCUCCACCCGUACCACCAGUGCCAGUGCGCAUCGACUCAUCGGUGCUGCAGACGCGCCGGGACUCCAGCGCUGUGGCUUCAGUGACCACCCGCCGGGAGUCCACUGCCGUGCCUUCGCGGAGAGAGUCCAGCGUCACCUACCCAGAAUACCUGUAACCUCCCACGCCGUUAACCAGAAGUAAACGCCCGCCCGCUGACAGGAAUUUACAUCUCAACGGACUUCGGGCAUUCCCACGCACACAUCGACCACCUCAAGACAGACUGAGUAGCGUGCGAGAAGAGUUGGCACAGCUUGAGUUUUUCGCAGAAGUCGCUUGUUCCUUAUAAACGCUGAAAGUCUUCCAGCGUUCCGGUGAUUGCGAGCUCAUACUAUGCUACUGUUUUUAAUGAGUUCAUCUUGAAAAGGAGCCUUUGUGGUGAUCAUCCUGAGGAAGUACUUAUCACUGUUACUUACGCUCAACAAAAGAGGCUUGCAUAUACGAUUAUUUUACGCCGCACACCGGCAGCGAUUUUUCGUAGCACUAACACUGCGAUGCUCCAAGAAUAAUGUACGGUUUGACACGUCACAUUCACAAAGUAAUAACGUUAUAUGCUUAUUACAUACGAGAUGUUUUUACGUUGUCACGUAUGUGGAAUUCCCACAUUUACAGUUCCCGGGCCGUAGGGCAUGAGCACGUGCAUCGCGCAACACGCGAGGUCCUUGUCUUCCCUUUCUCCUUACUAACAGAGAUAUGUCUCGUAUAUAGUCACGUACUCGUAGUCAUUACCCAGGCUGCGUCACUACAGGACGAGUCACUAUAUAGAUACAAUGGAAGCUUAAUUCGCCUUCGCGUAUAUAACGCACUGCAAUGGAGGGUACGCAGGAAUACUACGUAAAAAAGUAGCUGGCACCAGUCAGCUGCGGGUCAGAGGCGCAGGCAUUAGGAUAUACUGUAUGUAUCUGCGCCCUACACCGGAAUUUUAAAGUGGUGUGAUUUCUCAUAGUGCCGCACAUUGAAUAAAACACUUUGUCUUUUUAGAA